AUUUCUCUUCUCUCUGAUUCACUUCAAUUUCAUAAUUAUGGUCGCUCAAUUUGCUCUUUCUACUCUCUUUUCUUUUUGCUUGGCCUUCCUUCAAGGAUUAUGGCUUCAACUAAUCUGCUCGACCUCUCUAGGGUUUUCGCUUCACAUAGUUCAUUUUCGACUUCGAUUUUGAGUUCUUUUCAUCUUUCCUGCUGAGUCUCCCCGAUGGAACUUCUGCUCUGCUUUUGUUUUCCACGGAUGUUCUUAAAUCAACGUACUGGUACAUAUCAAACGUACAGGACAAAUGCCAUCAAUAAAAAUGAAGGCCAAGUCAAGCCCGGGCUGCUUAAGAGAAAAGCAUGUUCUUCGUGUUUGUCAGAAAUCUAGUGUCAUCUCUAAAAAAGCUUGUUCUCACCUGAGGGUUUCCGAUGAGGCAGAUGAAUUGGAUGGCUGUAUUGCAAAAUGUCUUGAGGCUUCUCUGAACACAGAAUCAAUUAAUAUCAAUAUAAAUCAGGAAGCUAUUAAUCACUGGGAAUUAGUUGAUGAAGAAACUUCUGAAUUGACGAGGCACGGAGAAGCUUUCGAGUCGAAGAGGGAAAAACCUUUUUCAGUCAAUGCUGCAGAUACGAAUGGAAUGGAUUGCACCUCAACCUACUCUUCCGAAAUAGAGACAAUUUUUUCUCCUAUUUUGAAUAACAUCGAAGUCCAGUGCCAUCCUAUUCUUGAACAUGAUCCAGGGAGCAAACUUGAUCCUGAUAUACCAGGAAUGGAAACUGAUGAAGGGAUGAUAAAUAACAGAAGCUCAUAUGACAGUCAAACAUGUGACAUAUCAGAUUUUUUUAUUUCUGACAUGAUAGUUACAAACUUGCCUUUAAGUGGAAAUGAUGACAUUGGUGGCAUCAAUUAUUUUCAUGACUACAAGUAUACUCAGUCUACUCUAUUGUCUGAUGUUGCUGAUCAGUAUAUGUUACUUCCUUUCCUCGAGGACACCGUUAAAUUCAGCAAUUCAGAUGAUGCUAAAUUUUCUGAAGAAUCAUCCACUGGUUUUUGUAAUUCUAGUUUGUACCGAGUAGUCGAUCAAAGGAAUAACUUGAGCCUUGAAUUCAACGUUAGCUCUGACUCAGAUCAGACAGAGUGUUUUGAUCCUCAGUUGUUCAUAAAAAAUUUACCAGAACUGUCAGAUGUGAUAACAAACUUUCAGCCCAGUAUGCUGCCUAAUGAAAAUCGGAAAAGAAAGGCUGUGACCCUUGUACUUGAUUUGGAUGAAACUCUGGUUCACUCUACUUUGGAACCGCAAGAUGAUGCAGACUUCCGCUUUACUGUUUCCUUGAAUACAAAAGAGCACAUUGUAUACGUUAAACGGAGGCCAUAUCUUCAAAUAUUUCUGGAUCGUGUUGCAGAGAUGUUUGAAGUUGUUAUCUUUACGGCCAGUCAAAGUAUUUAUGCAGAACAAGUUCUCAACAAACUGGACCCAGAUAAUUGUAUCAUCUCCCGCCGACUUUAUCGUGAAUCAUGUAUCUUUUCAGAUGGAUGUUACACCAAGGAUUUGACAGUUUUAGGCAUCGAUUUAGCGAAGGUUGUCAUUGUAGAUAAUUACCCACAGGUUUUCCGGUUACAAGUGAACAACGGUAUUCCUAUUAAGAGUUGGAUUGAUGAUCCCUGGGAUUCUGCUUUGCUUUCAUUGCUUCCCUUUUUGGAGACCCUGGUUGAUGUUGAUGAUGUCCGCCCUAUUAUUGCCCAGAGAUUUGAUGUCCCGAUGGGAAAGAAGUACCUGCUUAUAACUUUCUAUUGCUAUUUCAGGAAAAUGGUGUUCCAGCUGAAGGGAUGUUUUUGAUACCUAUGCUUCGCUUCUAUGAAGAGAAGAGAUAUUUCUUGAUUUCUUUGGAUUGCAUGAUUUAGCAUAUUGAUAGAUAAUGAUCGCUGUCUUUUAUGCUAUAUGAAGUUUUCUGGUUUCUCUGCAGGUCUUUUGAAGGGCAGUUCUAAAUUUCUUCAUAUGGGAAAAUGCUAGGUAUGUCCAUAAUCCUUUCCUUCCUCAGAAUACUUGAAAGGAAGUUCUCUUGAUUCUCUAAUCUUCUGAAUCUCAAUCCAUUGUAGUAAUUGUUAUCAACGAUCUUUAGGAAUUAGUGUAGUAUCCCGUUGCCACGGCUCACUUUGUAAUAACGUUCUCUUCCUCUCAGAACCUAGAAAGCUUCCUAGUUUUUCUUUAAUGUGAUAGAUUAAGCCAUUUGUAUGUAUUGCUUCCUUGUGUCGAAAAGGCUCGAUGAAAAAAUGUAACUUGUUAGACCUUUUACAAUCAUUCUAAUGUUGAAAUGCUAAUUUUGAUGGAUGAA